UCAAAGUGAGACAGAGAGGGGAGGCCUUGUCUUGAGAGAUUUCUGCUCCUCCAGCACAGGGAGCGUGAUGUCAGCGGUGGCAGUGCUGUUGUAAUUGACUUGGUGGGGGUGAUGGCGUCAUUUUAUGCCCUGGUGUAGCCUCCUGCUCCUAUAGCGAAGGGGAGACGGAUCUUUAGCCGACGCGACCGUGGCUCCCUUGGCGGCGAUCGAGCACCGCAGAGCGGGACACGAAACGCCGGGAAACAUGGAGGCUGUGGCCGAGGAGCUGCGGGCCGGCUCUCGGGUACCUGUCACUAUCGAUCAAAUAGUUAACGAUACACUGGUGGUGACGCUGACCUACCGAGAAAGGAACUAUACGGGGAUAUUACUUGAUUGCAACAAAAAGACUGGGCUAUUCUGUCUACCAGAUUUCAAAGCAGAUAACAGGCACUUCCCGAUAUCUACACCGGCGUGUGAAGUCCCAGAAGUUCUGAGUGAGGAGCCGGUUUCCAAAUCUCCCAGCCAGGCUUCACACAGACCAAAGGAUGAAAAUAGUCUCCCAGAAAGCAGCUUACCUUCUGCACCUCUUCCCUGCCCUGUACCCACACCAGUGCUCGCUGGACAGACUCCUUACCCUCCUUAUUUUGAAGGAGCCCCCUUCCCUCAGCCCUUAUGGGUGCGCCACAGCUACAGCCAAUGGGUACCUCAGCCCCCUCCACGACCAAUCAAGAGAAAGAAAAGGCGAACGAGAGAGCCUGGCCGCAUGACCAUGAGUACUAUCCGUCUACGGCCACGGCAGGUACUGUGUGAAAAGUGCAAGAACACACUGAACAGUGACGAGGACAGCAAAGAUGGCAUGAGCAACACUAAGACUCCUAGAAAAGAGAAUGCACUACAGAGCGAUGAUGACGGUGAGGACAAGGACACCACUUCUAAGCUGUUGAGAAAAGAGGAUGUUGUUGCAGGCAAGGACACUAAGAGACGUGAAAAUGGCCCCAGCCUUGACAGCAAGCGUCUCAGGAAGGACAAAAGGGGGGAGCCCGAAGGGGAGAAGUUCCCCGGAGGUGACGUUAUCCCCCACAGUCCUGUCAUAAAGAUCUCCUACAGCACUCCACAGGGCAAGGGGGAGGUCAUGAAGAUCCCCGCGAGAGUCCACGGGUCAGUCAAGCCUUUCUGCCCAAAACAACUGGCGCUGAAUGGCCUGGGAGAAAACGGCAAGAUGCCUUCUGAUCCCACAAAGGAGCAACGGCACAUUUUAGAUGCCACAAGGUCUGGCCUGACUGUGUCCAUUCCCAAACUCAAACUUACCAGGCCCUAUACAACUGUGGGUCAGGACUUGCCUUCUCCAAAGAUCCACUUGAGACCCCCUCAGAGGGAGGGUGAGGACAGUGUGGUGGAGUAUGAGGCAGAACUUGUAGGAGGCACCAGGAGACGAAGCCCCAGGGUGCCCGGGCCAUGCCUCCCCCAAUCUGACGACUCGGGGGAAGGUAAAAACUCUCUGGAGUUGUGGUCUGGGAGUUCAGGAGAGGAGGUGGAGCGCGGCCACAGCGACCUUACCCUUCUUAUUAAUUUCCGUAAGCGCAAAGCGGAUUCUUCUAGCCUGUCAGUGUGCAGCAGCGACAGUCUAGACGAGUCCAAGUCCUUCAGCUCCGACGGCACCUCACCAGAACUCUGCGACCUGGCCCCGGGGGAAGACCUGUCCGUCACCUCGUCUUCCGUCCCAUUACGGGAGGACUGCAAGACAGUGCCACCGCUUACUGUGCGGCUUCACACCCGCAGCAUGACAAAGUGCGUAACCGAAGAGGGUCACGCCGUUGCUGUGGGUGACAUCGUGUGGGGGAAGAUUCACGGCUUCCCCUGGUGGCCCGCACGCGUCCUCAGCAUCAGCGGCACCCGCAAACAGGAGACGGCCAGCUGCGAGGCCCAGUGGCCCCAGGCCAAGGUAGCGUGGUUCGGUUCACCCACCACCUCCCAACUCUCCGUUGCCAAACUGUCGCCCUUCAGGGAACUCUUCAGGUCCCGCUUCAACCGCAAGAAGAAAGGGAUGUACCGAAGAGCAAUCCAGGAGGCAGCCAAGGCGGUGGGCCACAUGAGCCCCGAGAUCACAUCGCUGCUGUCCCACAGUGACACGUAGAGGCUGAGGACUGAAGAGAGAUCUCCGAGGUUUUCCUGAAUUCUCCCACUGUGUCAUCAAGACCCAGGAGGGAGUACGUGCGGUUGCCACGGCUACAAUUUAUAUACCGUUUCACAAGGCUGGUGGAAAAAAUGGCCGCCAAGGUGGAUUGUUGCUGAGACUGGAUAAGGGAGCAAAAAAAAAAACGCCAGGUAUCUCAUGCUCAACUAUUCCUCCUUUUUCUUUUUUUCUAGAUUUCAUCAUAUUUCAAAUAGAGCCGACCCUACAAGGACCCAAAUGUAUUUAUUAUCUGUAAUGGUUUUUUAUGAGUCUACUACAAUCUCUCCUCCAAGUCUGCUGCUGUCAUUACCGCGGUCCUCGAUGUGUUCACGGCGAGGUUUAACUCAUCUUCAAAGGAACCCCCCCCUCUUUACUUGGACAUGAACUGUUUGACCACGUCUCUAAAAAGUCUUACCACAAAUCCUCUUCGUUCUGUCAAUGUGAACAGCGAAGUGGUGACUGUUCCUGCUCUCCUGGCGAUCCGUGUUCCAUCCUUUCGCACCGUUAGUUGGAUUUGUGGAUGUAUUUAUAAUUAACUCUAUUCCUUUCCAGAAACAUGAUUUGUCUCUCUUCCAUUUCAUUUUUAACUUGAGGACUGUCAUGUUAUCAAACCCCCCCUACCCUUCCCCUUUCAACUCUUUAUUUUCCUGAGAUACAUUUUUACAUCACUUUAUUUAAAGCGUCACGUUUAAGAAAAAAAGCACUUUAUCUGUACCUUGGUGGCCUGCUGUGAGCUCACUGUCUGAGACACUAUUUGCGAGAUACAGCCCUGAUAGGCAGCAGGGGAGUUCAGAAGCCUUGUGGUUGACUAUCCAUGGCCUUGGAGAUUCUUUGUUUUAUUUUAUUGUACGAUUUAUGGGACACCAGACACGGAUGGUUGUGUACACUGUAUUCUCGACUUUGGGUGCAUUUUCUCUCUCAGCUCACACACACACACACUACAACAACAUUUCCACUGGAGAAACAUGGGUGAACACAUGUGUCAAAGCCCCCUAUGCAUUAUCAGUUAAAGCUUUAUGAGUGGGAGAAGAAGGAAAAACAUGCUGUAAGAAUACUGUGAAUUCAACUGCUGAAGAGGAACUCCCUACUACUCAGUCAUUGGCAGAAGAGCAGACUGCAACGCUGACCUUUAGUGACCUUUGUGUUGAAAGCAGCACUGUUGGAAUAGGGGGAGGGAGGGCAGCGAAGGCAAGAGGCUGUCAAGCAAAGCCCGGUCUGUAUUAAAAAAAAAACACAGAGCGAAGGCACACAGUCACGCUCGGACAACCAGACGUCUCCCUCCUGCUCGUCCGGAACACUCCGCUCACAUGGAGGCUGAAAGCAGCUCAUCCUUUGUCAAAGAGAGAUGUGUGUUUAUUAGGGGAGCAUGUAAUGCACUCCUCCCAUUUUUGAUAAUCUGCGGUUUGACUGUGCUGUCAAGUCCCGGCUAGUUUCCAGGCAGCCUUACACAAGACGAGUGGGAGAGUCUCAGCAUAUGUUUGCCUGAGAGCGGCCGGCAGGAUGAGCAACAUGGCUGUCUACUGUUGCCCACGUUGGUCAAUGUUAUUGGCUACUUUUUUUUUGUUUUCUUUUUUACAUGUACUGUACAUAAAAUAAAAUAUAAAGCAAUA